UCUUCUACAGAGCUCCACACACACACACACACACACACACACAUCCCGGUGUGUGUCUCGUCCGUAAUGCGAUUACUCUCUCGUGUCGUGGGGAUUUAAGGGUCAUUUCGGAAAAUCGUUGCCAGCGGCCACACUUUUUUCUCUUUUGCUGAAUUGAAAUUAGCUGGAUAGUUUGUGCUCGUAAACUCAGGUGUUUACUGAUGUAGCGGAGAGUAAAACGCAUGCACACACACGUACACACACACACACGUACGCACGGACGCAGGCGCGCACAAGCACACAGGCGCUUACCCCCCUUCCACACACACACCCCGCGCAGAGGGCGCUAGUGUGUGGCGGAGGAACAGUUGUACCUUUCUACAGAAUGUGCUCGCUUCCCCGGCACUUUCACGCCGUGUCUGAGGGGGUUUACCUGCCUUUCCAAACCAGCAUGGUGGACCAGCAGUAACGUUCAGGGAAGAUGUGCCAGCAGUUGUGGCUCUUUCAAUGGCUGAGGAUCGGCAUCGGUGUCCUCUUAGUCACAGCUUCCAGCUGGUCUCAGGACUCAGAUGACUGGCAGUAUGAGGAGUGCAAGCUCUCCAGAAGUGGUCCACCAGCCACCAUAGUAGCCAUAGAUGAAGAGAGUCCGAAUGGGACUGUCCUGAUAGACAACAUGCAAAUAAACGGCCGGGUGGAAGGCCCGCACCGGACCAUCUCCUUAUCCCUGAGAGACAACUAUGACCACUGGGUAAUUCUGGACCCUGUCAAACAACGGCUAUACCUCAACAGCACUGGGAGAGUUCUGGAUCGUGAUCCUCCUUCCUACAUUCACUCCAUUGUGGUGCAGGUCCAGUGCACCAACGAGCUGGUUGGUACAGUGAUUCUUCACGAGGUGCGGAUUGUGGUGAGGGAUCGUAACGACAACAUGCCUCGUUUCCAGCAGCCGCGGUACUACGUGGCUGUUAAUGAGCUGACUCCUGUUGGGACCACCAUCUUUUCAGGCUUCACGGGAAAUAAUGGUGCUGUUGACAUCGACGACGGACCAAACGGACAAAUCGAGUACACCAUUCAGUACAAUCCUAAUGACCCGACUGCUAACAGAACCUUUGACCUCCCUCUCACUUUGUCUGGCUCUGUGGUGCUAAGGCAGAGACUGAACUAUGAGGAGAUCACACGCUACCUGGUCAUCAUCCAGGCCAAUGACCGAGCUCCUGACCCUAAAGAUCGACUGACUGCCACCACAACACUUACGGUGGACGUGCUGGAUGGAGACGACCUUGGCCCAAUGUUCCUGCCCUGCAGCCUGGUUGAAAACACGCGUGACUGCAAGCCGUUAACCUACAGAGCCACUGUCCUGGAGCUGGAAAACCCAAGCAAGGCGAACCCAGUGAACGUGACUCCACCGAUCCAGGCUGUGGAUCAAGACAGGAACAUCCAGCCACCCUCCGCUCGCCCAGGGAUCCUCUACUCCAUCCUCAUCGGCAAGCCUGCAGUCUACGCUGAGUACUUCUCACUAAACAGCAGCACGGCCGAGCUCAGGCUCCUGCAGCCUAUCAGCCGCGAGCAGCACCAGCAAUUCGACUUGAUAAUCAAGGCAGAGCAAGAUAAUGGACAUCCACUCCCAGCCUUUGCCAAUCUUCACGUUGAGGUACUGGAUGAGAACGACCAGGCACCUUAUUUCCAGGCAAACUCCUACCAAGGCUUCAUCCUUGAAUCAGCUCCAGUUGGCACCACAGUCUCCAGCAACACUAGUCUCUCUUUUCCACUUACAAUCAUAGCUCUGGAUAAUGACACUGAGGAGACCAAAGAUCCCAUGGUGCGCAUAUCCCUGGACAACUACGAAAGCAUCUUUGCGGUGACACCCAGUGGGAUUGCACGUUACCUGACACUCCUGAAGCCCGUGGACCGUGAAGAGCAAAAGAGUUACAGCUUCAUAAUGAUGGCCUCAGAUGGGGUUCACCGGAGCUCACCAGUCGCAGUUAAUAUCACGGUGAUCGAUGCCAACGACAACACGCCAACCUUCCCCAACGUCUCCUACAGCGGCAGUGUUUACACAGACAUGCAGGCUGGAGAAGUGGUAUUAUGGGUAAUCGAUAACUCACUCACCAUUUUAACAAACAGUCUACUUGCUCAGACCCACAGCUUCGAUACUGAUGAGGGUUCCAACGGUUUGAUAAGCUACAGCAUUGUGGCAGGAUCUCAGGGCCACUUUAUCAUCAAUAACCAAACAGGGCAGAUCAGCGUGGCACCCGGAGUCAACCUAACAGUGGGCAGCACUUAUACCCUCACUGUCAAGGCAACAGAUAAUGCAGUUAUCGACCAGAGAAGGAGUUCCAUUAGCACUGUGUAUAUUGAGGUGUUGCCCCCAAACAACCAAAGCCCCCCACGCUUUCCCCAGCUCACCUACAGCCAUGAGAUCAGUGAGGCCAUGAGGAGUGGAGCCAUAAUCCUCGACCUGCAGGCAACAGACCGAGAAAAAGAUCCCAUUAUGUACAGCAUUCUCAGCGGAGAUCCUGAUAACGUCUUUGAACUCAAUCAAACGUCGGGUCUCUUGCUGCUGGGAAAGAUGCUGGAUAGAGAGCGCACAGAUCGCUACACACUGAUCAUUUCUGCCUCUGAUGGCAGACCGGACGGGACCUCAACUGCCAAGGUUAACAUACUGGUGACCGACGUGAAUGAUAACGACCCCAUAUUUGACCUUACGCUGCCUCAAAGCCUCACCGUUCUAGAAGAGCAGGCAAACACAUUUGUUGGUCAAGUAAAGGCCAUGGAUUCAGACCUGGGAGUGAACGGGCAGGUGCAUUACAGGCUGCUGAGCCAUUCCGACCUCUUCCAGAUCAACGGUGAUGGAAGCAUCUGGACAACAGCAGCUCUAGACAGAGAGCAGAGGGAACAUUAUGAGUUGGUAGUGGAGGCGUGGGAUGCAGCACCAGACCCUCGCAGAGCCUCCAUCAUACUCUCUGUCACAGUUCUGGACAUAAACGAUAACAGCCCAGUGUUCUCCCAGCCAUCCUACACUGUCAUAUUGCCUGAGAACAGCCCGCCGGAUAUGACGAUCCUAAACCUUACUGCUCGAGAUGCAGACCUGAACUCAAACAUCACCUACCGUAUCAGAACCACAGAAGCCAGGAGGCUGUUUGAGCUCAACCCUGUUACAGGAGAGCUAAAGGUGUUGUACACACUGGACUUUGAGAAGCUUGCUCCUGAGGAGACCACACACACAUUUAUAAUGGAGGCAGUGGACCACGAUGGGAGUAUGCCACCUGGUUUAGCCACCGUUACUGUCACGAUAAUGGACAUGAACGAUUUUUCGCCCGUCUUCAGCCAGAGCCUGUAUAAAGGCAUGGUGGCACCCAAUGCAGCCAAAGGGACCAUCGUGACCACUGUGCAUGCUGAGGACCAGGACACCACGGGCACACCUGCCAGUCGAGUGCACUACAAACUGGAUUUGGAGCACUUCCCCUACAGUGCCAGCAUUUUUGAAGUAGAGGAGGACACAGGAAAUAUUCUCACAAGGGUCAACCUCAAUGAGGAUCCCAACACCAAAUUUACUCUGGCGAUCAUUGCUUAUGAUGAUGGGGAGCCGGUGAAGUCCAAUAAGACCUUGGUGGAAAUUACUGUCCUGCAGCCUUCUGCCAUUCCCAUCUUUACUCAGGAGGAGUACAGGUUCCCACCAGUCAGUGAAAACGCUCCCGUAGGAAGAGUGGUCGGGGUCAUCCUGGCUUCUGCCAUAAAUCAGAGCAUUGUCUACUCCAUCACUGAGGGGAAUGAAGGGGGCGAAUUCAGCCUGAACAACCAGACUGGAAUGAUCAGCACAGCUAAGCCCCUGGACUUUGAGAGGAACAGCAGCUACGUGCUACGUGUGGAGGCCGACUCCAUGAGAGUGAUCUCAUCCAACCUGCGGGCCCCAGCAAAAAGUAACACAGCAAAGGUGUUCAUCAAUGUGCAAGAUGAAAAUGACCAUCCACCUGUUUUCACUAAACAGCUCUACCUGGCAGGGGUCACAGAGGACGCGAAGACAUUCACAUCUGUCCUGCAGGUUGAGGCUCUGGAUAAAGACACAGGAAAUUAUAGUGGCAUGAAGUACCGACUUGUCAUCCCUCCCACAGCAGAAGGGAAGGACAGCUUUGUGAUCGAGCCAUACACUGGAGUCAUUAAGACUGCCAUCAUGUACCGAAACAUGCGCCGCUCCUACUUCAGAUUCGAAGUCGUCGCCACUGACAAUUAUGGAGAGGGCCUGAGCAGCAGCGCGCAAGUAGUGGUGUCCGUGGUCAAUCAACUGGAUAUGCAGGUGGUGGUGUCCAAUGUGCCCCCGACUGUGGUGGAGCAGAACAAGGAGCAGCUGAUUGGUAUCCUGGAGCAUUAUGUUCAGGACCAGGUCCCAGGUUCCAAGGUAGUGGUGGAAUCUAUUGGGCCACGGCGAUAUGGAGAAACCUACGAUCAGGAAGAUUAUUCUAGUUCAGACCUCAUGGUGUAUGCCAUCGACCCUCUGACCAACAGGGCUCUCUCUAGGCAGGAGUUGUUCAAGUUUCUGGAUGGAAAGUUACUGGACAUUAAUAAGGAGUUCCAGCCAUACUUGGGCCGGGGAGGACGCAUCCUGGAGAUCCGCACACCCGACUUGGUGCAGACAGUGAAGAAAGCGGUGCAGUCAUUGGGCUACACGGAAGGAGCACUGCUGGCCCUCGCUGUUAUCAUCAUUGUUUUCUGCCUCCCUGCUAUUGUUAUUGUCAUCAUCACAUAUCGACAAUUUAAAGAACGACAGGCUGAAUGUGCCAAAACUGCCAGGAUCCAAAUGGCUCUCCCAGCUGGCAAACCUGGAGGCAUUGCUGCUAGCAAUCUGUACGAGGAACUAGGCGACAACACCAUGUCCAAGGCUAAAAGGGGUGCUUUAGAAGAGGCAGACCGCCAACAACUCAUCAGUUCAUUUGCAUCACGUGCCAUUGCAGCACACAAGCAAUCCACAGCCAAUGGGGCCCUACUCAAGAAGCUCCCCCGCUCUGAGAGCAACAUCACCUUUCUGUCAGAUGAGAACCCCCUGACCACCACCAAUCCACUUUACCACGAUGAUGGGAACAUCAGCAGUCAAGCUCAUAUGGGGAAAAAUCAGCACCUUGGGUCCCUACUGUGGCUGCAAUCGCCUGGCUUUAAGAGUCUGAAGAGCUCUGCACUUCCCUUCCAUUCGAGGACACUGCCCUCCAGGCUACACAAGUGUGAGGACAGUGAGAGCUCUUGUAUACGACAAGUGGUGACAGACCCCAGGCAAUGGAAACUACCCCUGUUCAAGUCAGAGCUUAAGGAAAGCAAAGUUCAAGGGGUAAAGGAAUCAGAGAAGGGUCCUGAGUUUAAACUGACAGUUAAGGAGCAGGCCCGGCAGUUUGAGGAACAAGCCCAGCAAGAAACAAAGCAAAGGCAGCGGGUAGACUCUCAGGGUUCAUUGUCAUCUGAAUACCUGCUGCCCUCUUCUGAGCCACCGAAGUCCAUAGUGGUAGACAAAGAGAACAAUAGCUCUGCUCCAACCAUCAUAGUCACCCAAAGUGAAGCUACACCACCACCCAGCCACAAACCCACUCCACCUGGCCUCCAGAAAUAUGUCAGCUUGUCUGCUUAUGUUGGCAAGGAAACCUAUGAGGUUAAUGUAGAGAUCAUUCCAGACCCUCCAGAUAUACCUGCACCUCCCCCACCAAUAGCACGACCAAAUCUCUCAUCUCCACCUCCUUCUCCUAGUUCAAGCCCUUCUAUCCUUUAUUCUCCUCCUCUGCCUUCUUUCUCAUUUCCUCCACCAGCUCACACUCAUCCUUAUCCCCAACCACCACCUCCUCCACCUCCACCUCCACCUCCUUUGCCAUCUCCUUCUUCCCCUGUUGGCCCUUGUUCAAAGCCUGCCUUGGCCUUUGUCCUUCCACCCCUACCCUUGGUGUCAUCUCUUCGGCCCGUGUCCUCACGUCCUCCUCCACCUCCCCCUUCAGCAGAACCUGAGCCUUCCAAAAAAGAACUUAAAGGGAUCCUUAAGAACAUUAGGAACAUAGCUGAGAUAGAGAAAUCUGUUGCCAACAUGUACAGUCAAAUAGACAAACAGAAGCAACCUCUAAAGAAGACACCGAAGUCACAAGUCCCUGAGGUGUCUGAGGCAGGCGAGCCAGAGGUGGAAUGUACCCAGGAGGCAGACAAGCACAACAACCCAACUAUAAAUUCUGUGGUGGAAGAGCUAGAGAAAUGUUUCCCAUCUCAAUCCACCAUACUGAGAGGGUAUGGACAUCAAGAGCAACAACAGUUGCUUAGACCCUCUCUCUUAAGACCUGAGGAGCUAUCAAUGGAGUCAGGCAUCGACCCAGGGCAAGACUAUUAUACACAGGAUUACUAUAAUUAUGACCACGGAUAUGACUUGCCUCAUUAUGGCAGUCGAAGAAAGCUGAUAUCUCCGGCAGGAACGUAUGACGAGUACGGUGAGGUGAUCGUCGAGGAUGAUGGCAGCUAUUAUUACAGUCCUCAUGAAUCAGAAGGAGAGCUUGCUAGAAAGAAGAGAAUCAAGUUGGUGGUGGAUCGUGAGUACGAGACAAGUUCAACAGGUGAUGAUAGCGCUCCAGAGUCCCACCGAAACCGGCUGUCCAACGUAAACAGCCACAGUAACAUCAACGGCAGUGUCUACUUGGCUCAAAACGGCUCCAUCAUCCGAACUCGGAGAGCAGCCCACACUACCAAUAUCAAAUUCAGCUCUCCUGUCCGACUUGGGAAGCAUUUCAAAAAACUGGACAAAUUGGCUGUGACUCAAGAGGAAAGAGUUCCUCUGAACAGCCCCGGUGCCUUGGGUGCCACUGCGGGCGAGCAGAACAUUAACACCAGGCCCUCGAGUGGGUCCCUGGCCUCCAGCUCUAUAGGACCAGAAAGCAUAGCUUGCAAAUAUAAUGUGGCAACAGCCAGACCUGAAAUAACACAAAAUGCGGACGAGCAGGAGUCCACUGUAGAUAAUGCAGAGGGGAUGGAAACUGCAGGGUCGCACAGUGACCGCACGCAGUCCGACGAGGAAGAACUGUGGAUGGGACCUUGGAAUAACCUGCACAUACCAAUGACAAAACUGUGACAUGCCUUGUAAAAUAGUCCCUUACAUGUUUAUUUGUAUUGUCUUAAUAAAAAAAAAAUACCCCCAACACAUUGAAUUCACUGCAUUACAAUGAAAUUGCACUUUUAUUCCGUAUUUGAAAGAUCAUCAGUGAGCUUGCUUUUUGACUAUCCAGUUCAUGAACAACAAACACACUGGUAUUUUUGGAUUUCACUUCAUCACAAGGAUUUAUUCAGUUACCAAUACACUGUUAAAUUUAAUAUAUAUAUAUUUUUUUUUAUAGACUGAAGAUGGGUUGUCUUAAGUGGUGUAACAGAGGCCCAGGGCAAUACUUAUGUUGUUUAACCCAGACCGAGGGAAUUGUGUGUGUGGUGUUAACAGUUAUUAACAGUGCACAUUAAUUUCUAACAGGAAGUACUGUGCACUUCAAAAGCCCCAUGCUAAGAUGGUCCUUCCAAUCCAUUUUUUUAGGUGGUGGAACUGGCAGGAUUUCUGGCCAUGUGGCCAAUACA